UGCUAAGAGCAAAAUUGUGGGGAUUGCUAUAGAAAAUGACUUGGAGAGGAGGAUGGCUGCAAUACUUCACUGUAGAAUCUCAAGACUCCCCUUUGUGUACCUUGGUCUUCCAAUUUGUGGCAAGCGAAGGAGCCUUAGAUUACGGGAUCCUAUCAUUUUGAAAUUCAAGAAGAGACUCUCAAAGUGGAAACAAAAGUCCCUUUCUUUUGGAGGUAGACUUUGCCUUAUUACAAGUGUUUUGACUUCCCUCCCCGUCUUUUAUUUAUCUUUUUUCAAAAUGUCGGUGGGGAUCCUAGCCCAAUAUGAUAAAUUGAUGAGAUCAUUUCUUUGGGGAGCCUCUGAUGGAGAAAAGAAAACAGCGUGAGUGAGGUGGGAUUUGGUGUGUAGGCCAAAGGAAGAAGGAGGGUUGGGAGUUAGAAACUUGGAACUGUUCAACAAAGCCUUGGUAGGCAAGUGGCGAUGGAGGAUGUUGAAGGAGCGGGAUAGUUUGUGGUACAAAAUCUUGAAGACUAAAUACAAUGACAUGGUUCCUUCCACAACAUCUUGUUGGUGGAAAGACUUGCAUUCGUUGUGUUUUGAGGAGGGUGGAGGACAAUGGAUAGAAGGAGGUCUUUGCAGGAAAAUUGGAGAGGGCAAUGAGGUGAAUUUUUGGCAUGUUAACUGGUUAAGUUCUGGUAUUUUGAAAGAGAAAUUUUGGAGACUAUUCAACCUCUCGGUCCAACAAAACUAUACUGUCAAAGAGAUGGGAAGAUGGUCAAAUGGAAGCUGGAUUUGGGAGCUUCUUUGGCAAAGACCAUUCUUGCAUCGUGAGGUUGAUAUGAUGGAUGAGCUGAUGAAUAUAAUUGCCAAUCACUCACUCACUGAGGGCACACCGGAUAGCUGGGUUUGGACCAAAGAAGAGGGAGGAUCCUACUCCGUCAAAUCGGCUUAUGAUUUACUGCAAAGAGAUGUGUUGGAACCCCUAGACAAAGUGUACCAGAACUUGUGUUCUAUCAAAGCUCCCUCAAAUGUUAUGUGCCUAGCUUGGAAGGUUCUGUUGAAUCGGAUACAAUCGAAGGAAAAUUUGAAACGAAAGGGGAUUAUCCAAGACACUUCCCAAACCACUUGCCCCUUUUGUCUAGCAGCUGUGGAAUCAACCUCGCAUCUGUUCUUCACAUGUCCUAAAUCCUGGCAGGUGUGGAUUUCAGUAUAUCGCAGGCUAGGAAUCAGUGUGGUCUCACCGGAAGAAGGCAGAGCACACAUGCUGAUGUUCUUGGAUAGCUGCUGCGCCAGGGAUAGGAAAUCGGGAAUGAGCUUCAUCUAGUUAUCAACAAUCUGGUUUAUAUGGCAUCUCAGAAACAGAUUAUAAGCCAGAUUGGUCUUCGAUGGUGAAAUUCUUGAUCUAUCAUCAGCUCUAGACUCAAUCCAAUACAAGUCUUGGAUUUGGAUGAAAGGAAAAUUGAAGGGAUUCCAUUAUUUUUUAAUUGAAUGGAGCUCGAACCCUCUUAUUUGUUUAGGAACUCUCUGAGCCAAUCUGUGAUAGUUUUAGUGGCAGAAGAUUUCACGGUUUUGGUCUUGUCUGCCGGCCUACUGCCUUUGCUAAUUUCGUGAUUCCACCAUCUGCAUUUUAUCCCUUAUGCAACAGUAACUUUGUGCCUUAGUGGAUGGUGGUCUUUUGGCUCUUUUAUCCUGGUUUAUGCAUUAGACUCUACUCUGUCUACAGGGAAUCUUUUGGAAAUUGCUUUGGGAAUGAAGGCUCUUUCUCCAUUGGUUGGCUGGUCAUGAAUAACCAAUUCUUAGCCCAAGUCUCUUUUCCUUGUCUGUUAUGUGUUUCUCCUCUCCUCUGCAACUCUCACUGUUGAUGUUAUUUAUUCUAUCUCUUUGUCUAUUCUUUCUUCUCCCUCUAUUUUGUAUUUGGUUUGAAGUACACCUAGUACUUCCAUUAAUAUAUUUAUUGAUUUGCUGAUAAAAAAAAGUG